UCCCGGGUCCGCGAUGGAGCCGCAGGUGAUUUCACUCGAGCAGAAGAUACUGAUCUCGUGGCCUGGGCGACUCGAGCGGCCGCCGAGAGCUCCGCCUGAAAGGAGACCAAGAUGCAAGGAUAGAUUGUUAUUGCAACUAUAUCUGUAGUAAAUUAUUAUUAUUACUUUAAUAUUUAAUGUAAGGUCUGUACAGAUGGGAGAACCGGAAAUGACUGGUUAUUAUUGUUAUAAGAAAAGAUCAGCUAUAUAUUUUCAAUAAGCACAAUGUAGGUACGGAAGCAGCACACAGUGGAAGAGCCUGGAAAAGGGGAAAGGAGAAGCGUAGCUCCGAGGAACGCGCGAAGGGGGGGGGACUAAGAGGGAUCAGCCCAAAAGGGAAACUAAGCAUCAAGGAAACCUGUCCUGGAAGACCCCGCGCUGGAGCCCAGGUCAGAGCCCAGGUCAGAGCCCGGGUCAGAGUUGGCGCACGAGAGCUGGCCGCCCGCGUGUGACCCUUCUGCUUUUCUCCCUUGCAGCUGAGCCAUCUGGGCGGCGGCCGCGUGGACUGCGCCUCCCACCCGCAGGCGUGGCAGAGCGUGCACGCCCCAGAGCUCCCCUCGCGCCCCGCCCCCCCUCCGCCGCCGCAGGGGGGGCCGGCGGCGGCCACGGCCUUCGGGAGGCCCUCCGACCCCGACCUCGUUUUGCCCCCGUUUUCCCGCAUGCUCGACCCGUCGGCGGCGGUGCGGCUGCAGCAGGCGCAGGGCGCGGCGAGGGGCGCGGCGGAGCCCUUCGAGGCCGCCAAGAGGCCCUUCCGCUGCCCCUACUGCGAGCAGAAGAUGACGUCAAAGGGCAGCCUCGUGCGCCACAUCCGCAGCCACACCGGCGAGCGCCCCUACAAGUGCUCCUUCUGCGCCUACGCCGCGCUGCAGAAGUCCGACCUCGACCGCCACACGCGCAACCGCCACCGGGAGCGCAUCUAA